GAUCAAUCAUUCACUGUGGUUGGUCAAGACUGCAGUGGUAGAAGUCCUAACAGGAUCACAACAGCUGAAGGACUAGCAAAUCAUUUUUGCUAUGGAGUUAUUUUUAAAUUUAACUCUGACCUUAUGUUCACUGUAUCUGUUCAUCUAUGAUAUCCCAAAUGUGAAUGCAUCCAGGAGGCCAUGGACAACUGCUGAUGACAGUAGGACUGGGACGAGAAGAACCAGAGCUGUAAACAGACCGAUUCCUAUCAACUGUAUGCUGGGGCCCUGGUCAUCCUGGACUCCAUGUAAUGACUGCACUGACAAAAAGUCCCGUUUCCGGUACUUAGAGAAGCCAUCCCAGUUUGGCGGAACAAAGUGUUUUGAGACACUGUGGGAGCGACUGGCAUGUCCAACAGCGACCACACCGUGUCUAGUGCCAGAUUACUGUGGAGAGGAAUUCACCUGCAAAGAAACAGGGCGCUGCAUCAGUCAGUCCCUUCGCUGUAAUGGAGAGCCAGACUGUGAUGAUUUUUCCGAUGAAGACGACUGUGAAAACUUCAACCGGAGAGACGACAAGUGCUCCACCUUCAUGCCAAUCCCUGGUGCUGAACGUGGCACUCAGGGCUACAAUGCCCUGACGGAUGACUUUGUGGACCGUGUACUGGACCCAAAGUACUUUGGAGGAAAGUGUGAAUAUGUCUACAACGGCGAUUGGAGGAAAUUCAUCUAUGACUCAUUCUGUGAGAACCUGCACUACAAUGAAGAUGAGAAGAACUACAGAAAACCCUACAACUACCAUGCCUACCGUUUUGUGGCGGAAGCUACGUCUGAGGGCUCUCAUGAAUACUAUGAGGAUUUGGUCAGCCUGUUUACAGCGAGGAAAAAAACCAAGUCAUCCAAUGCCGGUGUCACAGUGGGGAUCUAUUAUGUGGAAGGGGGACUGAGAGGGAGUAAAGAAUCUGAGUUUCUCCAGAACGUAACUCAACAUAAAAGCCAGGACCUAGGAUUUGUCAGGCUUUGGGCCAAAGUGCAAACAGCCCACUUCAAAAUGAGAAGCAAUAAGUUGAUGCUUCAUGAAGACUUCUACAUUUCACUCAUGGAGCUCCCUGAGCAGUAUGACUUUGGGAUGUACUCCCGCUUCUUCAACACAUUUGGCACCCACUACGUCACAGAGGGAACCAUGGGAGGAACCCUUGAGUAUGUUGUGGUUGUCAACAAAACAUCCAUGGCUGAAUCAAAGCUGAAGGGUGAACAGGCUGGGAGAUGCUUUGGUGCCACUAUAGGUAUAAGUUAUCCCCUCGACAGCUAUGGAACAGCGGGAUUCAAAGUGGGAGCUGAUUCAUGUAAUAAAGAAGGAAAGUUUGGUCAAGAAAAGACGUCUAGUUCCAUUGUGAUUGAGGACAUUAUAACUCUGGUGAAAGGGGGGAUCCUAAAAAGCAGCAGUGGCGUUUCGGCUCUCAGGAGUCCUGAAACCUACAAGAACUGGGGAGCAUCACUAAAAUACAACCCAACACUCAUUGAAUAUGAGACCAUGCCCAUUUAUGAACUAGUGCGCCUCAGCACAGCCGCUGACCAUGUAGGAGUGCGACUGGCCCAUAUGCAGACGGCCUGGGACGAGUAUCUGCAGCAUUUCGACUCCUGUCGCUGCGCCCCCUGCAGGCACAACGGGAUCCCUGUUCUCAAAGGUACCUCCUGUGACUGCAUCUGUAAGUCAGGCUACCAGGGAGACGCCUGUGAAGAGACUCUCAGAAGAGAUACCAAGACAGAUGGCUCGUGGUCAUGCUGGGGGGGCUGGUCAUCCUGUACAUCAGGGAGGAAGACUCGGACUAGAACCUGUGAUAACCCUGCACCUGAUGGAGGCGGAGCAACCUGUCGGGGCUCCUCCUCUCAGACUCAGCGCUGUUAAUGCCUAUAGAGCUCAUUCAGAAUGAUCUAAUGAUUGUUUAUAACAACCUUAUAUCCCGACACGUUUGUGCUAUGAAUAAAGAGCAAUCUUAGUUCUCUUCUCAGAAUAAGCUUUGUGAUCUACAGUAUGAUUCAUAAACUAAAUAAAUCUGUACUGCAGACUU